GAAAGAUUGCCCUCUGCUUUAACACCUAAAUCCAUUGCAUUCUACGCCUAUAUGUCUCAGCAUACACCAUCAAUACUUGUUCAGUUUUCUUUGAGGUUUGAUGUAGUGAAAAUCAAUGUUGGAAACGGGUAUCAUCCUUCCACAGGGGUAUUCGUUGUGCUAGAAACUGGUAUUUACGUAUUCACUUGGACAAUACGAAUCUACGGUAAUUAUAAUCACUCAACUCAGCUGAUGGUGAACACAAAAGAACAAGGUAUAAUUCGUACACAUGUCACCUCUGGUGUAGAUUUUGAAGGAACAGGAAUCGUGGUGGCUCAAGUUACUGCAGGAGACGAUGUCUUCGUAAGGACACAUGCUUCAUGGAAUAAUGGUGCCAUUAUAAGUGACACUGCAGGAAGAUCAUCGUUCUCAGGAUGGAAACUUUCCUGAUUAUCUCACCAACUAAAACCGAGGACUUUUGAUUAAUUUACAAUUUACCUGUGUAAAUAAUAUGUGUAGUAAUAGAAAUGUA